CGGCUCCCGGUCCGUCCCCAUCACGGGUCCGGCCCCCGCCGCGGGCGCCGCCGCUUUGGUUCCGGGGGGCCGGGAGCGAGGCCGCGGCCAUGGCGGCGCCGGGACCCCGCGGGCCCAGCUGCAGGCUGGAGUUUGCCGUACAGAUGAGCUGCGAGAGCUGCGCCGAGGCCGUGCGGGGGGCGCUGCGGGGAGCCCCAGGCGUGCGGCUGCUGGAGCUGCGGCUGGAGGCGCAGACGGUGCUGGUGGAGACCGAGCUGGCGGCCGAGCGCGUGCGGGAGCUGCUGGAGGCCUCGGGGCGCCGCGCGGUGCUGAAGGGCAUGGGGGGCGCCGAGGAGGGCAGCCUGGGGGCGGCGGUGGCGGCGGUGGCGGGUCCCGGCGGGGUGCGGGGCCUGGUGCGGUUCCUGCAGGUGACCCCGCGGAGCUGCCUGGUGGACGGGGCCAUCGACGGGCUGCAGCCGGGCCCCCACGGGCUGCACGUGCACGAGUUCGGGGAUCUGUCCCGCUCCUGCGACAGCUGCGGGGACCAUUUCAACCCUGACGGGGAGUGCCACGGGGGACCUGAGGACGAGCACCGGCACGCCGGGGACCUGGGCAACAUCUGGGCGGACGCCGAUGGCCGGGCCGCCUUCCGCAUGGAGGACUCGCGCCUGAAGGUCUGGGACAUCAUCGGGCGCUCGGUGGUGGUGGAUGCGGGCGAGGACGACCUGGGCCGGGGCUCCCACCCCCUGUCACGGGUGACGGGGAACUCGGGGCCAAGGCUGGCCUGCGGCGUGGUGGCGAGGGCGGCCGGGCUCUUCCAGAACCCCAAACGCGUCUGCAGCUGCGACGGGGUCACGCUGUGGGACGAGCGCGACCAAGCUGCCCCCGGACCCCCCCCGGCCCCCACCCCACACCUGUAGGGGCUGCGAGGAAUCGGGGGGGGUUAUGAGAAACUGGGGCUGGGGAGGUGUAAAAAUAUAUAAUUAUAGCAUCUGAGGGGAAAACAGUGCGAAGUUAUAGGAUAAAGGGUGACUGUGGGAUCCGAGGGGAAAACGGAGUGAAAAUUGAUAUAAAAAGUGUAAUUACAGCAUCUGAGGGAAAAACAGAGUGCAAAUUUAUGUAAAAAAAUAUAAUUAUACCAUCUGAGGGAAAAACAGAGUGCGGGAUUUGUAUAAAAAUUGUGAUUAUGCGAUCUGAGGAGGAACCGAGUGUGAAUUUAUAGGAUAAAGCAUAAAUACACGAUCUGAGGGGAAACUGAGUGAGAAUUUAUAGGAUAAAGUAUAAUUAGGGGAUCUGAGAGGAAACCGGAGUGCAAAUUUAUAGGAUAAAAUACAAAUGUGUGAUCUGAGGAGAAACCAGAGCACAAGUUGGUGUAGAAAAAUCUAAGAUCUGAGGGGAAACCCAGCGUGAAGUUGUAUGAUAAAGUACAGUUGUGUGGUCUGAGGGGAAACUGUGAAUUUAUAGGAUAUUUUUGUACAAUCUGAGGGGAAACUGAGUGAAAAUUUAUAUGAUAAAGCAUAAAUAUAUGAUCUGAGGGGAAACUGAGUGAAAAAUUAUACUAUAAAGCAUAAUUGUGUGAUCUGAUGAGAAACUGGAGGGCAAGUUUAUAUAAAAAAAUACAAAUAUACAGUCUGAGGAGAAACCGGAGUGCAAACUUCUGCGACAAAGUGUAAUUGUGCGAUCUGAGGGGAAACUGGAGUGUAAAUUUAUAUGAAAAGAUACAAAUAUAUGGUCUGAGGAGGAGCCAGAGUGCCUAUUUUUAUAUAAAAAGUACAAAUAUAUGACCUGGGGAGUGACCAAAGUGCAUAUUUUUUAUAAUCAAGUAUAAUUAUAUGAUCUGAGGAGAAACCAGAGUGUUAAUGUAUAUAAUAAAGUGUAAAUAUUUAUUAAAAAAUAAAGAU